CCUUUUCCAAUAUCCCACUGACGCACAACAACAAGCAGCGCGUUUAGACUUGAACAAAAUCCGUCAACUCCGUGGCAAAUUGAUCUGCGAGAUGCCGUAGAUGAAAGAAGCACACAGGCGGAAGCCGUGGGGGGCUGAAGGAGAAACAACUGGCUGUCCUUGCGCCCAACGGUCAACGGAUGGCAGCUCUCUGCUUCUUCCUCUGUGGGUGGCCCUCUUUGACAAGCAGCACCACAGUCGAGUGAAGAGUGCGGGCAUGCAUGCGGCGGCCUCACACUGUGAGCCGAGUGAGGCCAGGCGAGAUCGCUGGCUGAGAGCUAAUUCUGCAGUAUGAAGAAGAAUGAAUGAGUAGACGAAAGUGACCGUUGUGGACCGUGCCAGCGUGGGACUGUUGGUGGAACACUGAAAAGAAAAUGGCCGACGUGUUGGACACCGGUGGCGGUGUUGGAGGUGUGGGCGUGCCCGGUGUGGAUUGGCAGCAGCGUUGCGCCUCCCUGGAGAUGCAGCUGCUCAGAUUCCGACUUCAAGCAGGAAAAAUCCGGGAGCUGCUGGCCGAGAGGAUGCAGGAGUUGGAACAGCGGGUGAUCGAGGCCGACCGGCGUGCCGAAAGCGCAGAGAAACAGAUCCACACCAUGGAGGAAAAGCUGAAGUCGGCAAACAUCCAAAGCAGCGAGUCUGAGAACUUAUUGUCCAGGAGGUACCAAGAACUGACCAUCCGGGUCCAGGAGAAAGAUGCCACCAUCAAGAAUUUGGAGAUACAGUUAAAGAAACAGAUCUCAGUCAGAGCCCAGGAAGCCAAAAUAAUUGAAGAGAAGGCGGCCAAAAUUAAGGACUGGGUGACUAUAAAGCUCCGAGAGCUGGAGCAGGAGAACCAACAUCUUAAACAGUCAAACCUGAAGCAGACCGAGCAGCUUGUGUUGCUGCAGGACAAACUACAAGUUCUUUUAGAGAAACCAGUCUCCUGUCCACCUGGAUCUCCGGGUAACUCACCCAGAGCAGACGCUCACCAGGUAACAAGCGGUCCUCUAUUUCCUUCAAGCUGCCCCGUUACUCUGCCCUCAUCGGAUAACAGUAGAAGACUGGCAGUUGCCUGUGGAACCGCCAAUAAUUUGUCAAUAGAUUUGAAAAGAUAUUCCGAACUGACACGUAAAGGGAUUUGCAAAGAUGGACAUCCAACCAAGGAUCCUCACUCGCAGGGCCAGAGUACGGAGAAUUCCAGACAAAAACACUCAUGCUCUUCUGAGGGUAGAGACAACUCUUCGGACGAGCUGAACAGCAAGUUCCGCUCCCAGUGCCUCAAUUCCUCCUCCUCGUCUUCAUCUUCCUCCUCUGCGUAUGAGACUGCCCUAAAGUCCACUUUCAGACCGGCGCCCAAAAGCCCACGAGUGCCACGUUCACCCUCUACCAACAACCCCUUUCGCAAUUCUGCCCAGACAACGGUUUCUCAGUCAGGCGCUAGCAUGACCUUACCCAAGAUCCGCACUCCGCUCACCCCCAGGGACAGCAUCCAGUUAGUGAAGAAGCACUUCAGCCAGCCCCAGCCCGGCCUAGACCGACUGCAUCAGCUGGUCAGCAUCGACAUCAUGACACCCUCGUCCACUUGCUCCACCCUCACCGCCAGUACAUCGCCAUUCUCCCAACCCGUAGAGGAGACGGACAUUGACGACACACUUCCGGAAAGCAUGGAGGGCAUCAUGGAGGGCUCCAAAUCGGAGAAGCCCGCCCAGCUGGACAGACUCCCACUUGCGGGUAAUGCAGAGGACCAAGAAAACCUGGAUCCUGAGGGUCUGAAACCACCGACGCCUCCUUUACAUCGUUUUCCUUCUUGGGAAAGUAGAAUUUAUGCCAUUGCCAAGGCUGGAAUGAGAGUAUCUGAGGUGUCCCCUGGAUCUAGGUGUCCUGGAGCAGGGUCUGUCUUGCCUCAGGAUCCGGCAGCCAGUCCAUUUGCUAAGUCGAUUUACAAGAACAUCAGCGUUCCAGUGUACACCACAAUAAAAGGGAAAGCCGCUCAGAUCAGUGCAACCCCUCUGCGGGAUAACGAUGACUCUGGUUCCGAAGAUGACAGCGGCUCCCUGGCCAGCUUGCGGACCUCCGUGCCCAGCUUGGACAAGCGGGGUGGCGUUCCAGGGAGCCCCAGAGCUGUCAAGCGAGGCGUGUCGGUGUCAUCCGUCAGCUCGGAGAGCGACUACGCCAUACCACCCGACGCCUGUUCCCUGGACAGCGACCACUCGGAACCGGAACACAAAGUCCAGAGAACUUCGUCUUACUCCUGUGAGAGCACCGGGCCUGAGCCGUUGGAGAAGUGCGGCUACCUGCUAAAGAUGAGCAGUCAGGUGAAGGCGUGGAAGCGGCGCUGGUUUAUCUUGAGGAACGAGGAGAUGCUCUAUUACAAAUCUCCCAGCGACGUCAUCAGGAAACCUGUAGGUCAAAUUGAACUCAACUCAUCUUGCCGAAUUGUGCGAGGAGAAGGAGCGCAAACAUUUCAAUUGAUCACAGAGAAGAAAACCUUAUAUUUGACGGCCGAUUCCCCCAACAUCCUGGAGGAGUGGAUUCGUAUCUUACAGAAUGUCUUGAGAGUUCAAGUGAGCAGCUCGGUUAACGUGGAGCUGACCUCUGCCAAGCCCACCGUGACGGGCUGGCUAACUAAGGUCAAACACGGACAUUCUAAGUUGGUGUGGUGUCGUUUGGUCGGAAAGGUCUUUUACUACUAUCGUAACCAGGAGGACAAAUUGCCCCUGGGCCAGCUGCAGUUGCGCUCGGCAUCCAUCCACGAAGUGGACCGCUCACGCGAUUCGGAUGAGGACUACGAGGCGGGCGUCCGUGGCGGUUUCCUGUCGUCACACUGCACCCUGGUGGUUAAGCCCGUCGACCAGAGCCCGUCGUACCUUCUGGUCGGCACCAAACAGGAAAAGGACGCUUGGCUUUAUCACCUGUGCGUAGCGGCGGGAGGCGGAGCCGACCUUAAAGCGGGCACUGAGUGCGAGCGUCUUAUCAGCAGAUUGCUGGAUGGGGACGGAGACGCAGAGUGCAGCCUGUGGCAGAGCGACGCUUUGUGCUUUUCCAAGGAAGGUCUACGCUCGCCACUCACCACGCUCCCCUCGGAGGCGCUGCAGACGGAAGCUCUCAAACUCUUCAAGUCGUGUCAGCUGUUCAUCAACGUGCCAGUGGAGUCCCCGUGUGUGGACUAUCACACGUCACUGGCGCAGAACGCUCUACAGGUGUGCCUGUCGCACCCGGAGCUACACAACGAGAUAUACUGUCAGCUCAUCAAGCAAACUAACUGCCGCACGCCACGCAACUACUCCCUCACACAGUGCUGGCAGCUGCUAUCAUUGUGCGUGGCACUCUUCCUUCCCCAACAGCAUUUCCUCUGGUACCUCAAGCAGCACCUGCUCCGAAACGGCGACCCCAGUAGCGAUGUUGGGAAGUACGCUGUGUACUGCCAGCGCUCAGUGGAGAGGACACUGAGCAACGGCGAACGCGAGGCCAAACCGUCACGUAUGGAGAUUGUCUCUAUCUUGCUGAGGAACCCCUAUCAACACUCGUUGCCCUUUAGUAUCCCGGUGCACUUUAUGAACAACACUUACCAGGUGGUGGGUUUUGACGGCUCCACCACUGUAGAAGAGUUCCUCAACACGCUUAACCAAAGGAUCGGCAUGCGCAGUCCUCAGCUGUCCGGCUUUGCGCUCUUUACUGACGACCCAUCUGGAAAAGAGCUGGAACACUGCUUGCUGCCCACCACCAAGAUUUGUGAUGUUAUUUCCAAAUGGGAGCAGGCUCUCAAGGAGAUUCACCCGGGCAAGAAUGAGGGAACGCGCAUUGUACGACUGACUUACAAGAACAGGCUUUGCUUCCGCUCUCAGGUCAAAGGCGAAACGGAGCGUGAGCGCCUCCUGCUGGCCCAUCAGGUGAACGACAACGUGCAGCAGGGUUUCUUCCCUGUCAACAAAGAGCUGGCGCUGGAAGUAGCGGCCCUCAUGGCACAGGUGGAGCACGGCGAUCUGGAGCGAACGACCCAGCCCAAGUCUCAGCUGGUGAUCCUGCAGGCUUUGGAGCGCUUCUACCCAAAACGUUACAAGCGCAAUUGCAGCGCUGAACACUUGAGAGACAUCAAUGAGGGUUUGGCAGCCAAGUGGUCAGCGCUCCGCGGCUGCAACGGAGCUGAGUGCGUAAGGAUUUACUUGACAGUGGCACGCGGAUGGCCCCUGUUUGGUGCCAAACUCUUCAGCGUUAAGGCUGUGCCGCCCGCCCCUGUUGAACAAGGGAGCCCGGCCUGGCUGGCGGUCAACGAAGAUGGGCUGUGCGUGCUGGAUGACACCAUGCGCACGCUAGCUUCAUAUGCCUAUCGCUCGGUGGUCACCUUCGGCGGCUGCGGUGACGACUUCCUGCUGGUCGUCGGCGGUGGCAAGAAAAGUGUGGAGAAGCUUCUGUUCACCAUGGCCAAACCCAAGAUCCUGCAGUUGACGCUACUCAUGGCCAGCUACAUGAACCACUGUGCCGCCGCUCCCCCAGAAGCCUCCUGGCAGCCUCAAGCGCUACGGGACACAGAUUCCCGCCACUUUCCCACUAUGAACUAUUCCAGCAAAGUCCCAACGUUACUCUGACGACUGCUACCAAUAGGGCUGAACCCAACUUGGACAUUUAUUUUGUGAGCUACAAAAUGAAAAUGAGUUACAGAGGUACUGAAGUAAAAUAUGAGGUAGGCAGAUCGAUGAGUUUCACGUUAUAAUACGAUAAAUUCUACAUUAUAUUGCGUUAAAUUUCACCUCGGAUAUGAUAAAGUUCCAGUUUUAACAUUGUAAAUUUGACAUUUUAAAGUGAUAAAUUCUCUGUUAUAUCUGUCAUAUAACACAUUUCAUGUAAUAUGCGAUGAAUUCUACAUACUGUGAUACAUUUUCAGCUUUAAUAUAAUAAACAUUAUAAUCUCAAAGUAUAAUGCGAUAAAUUUCAUGUUAUAAUUUGAUACCUUCUACAUUAUACUGCAAUAAAUUUUUCAAUUUAAUUUGAUAAAUUCUACGUUAUACUAUCUCAUGAUCAAUUUAACAUCUUAACCAAAUAAAUUUCACUUUAUAACUUGAUAAAUUCUACAUUGAGAUAUAGUCCCUUAAACACCGAAUCAGAGGUUGCGCUAGACAUUUUCGUUGUCUGUCAUUUUGACUGACAGGGUCAUAAAAAUCCGGUCAUAAUCUAUUUUUACCCGUCACUUAAAUUUUUAAAAUGAUAAUGAUGACAUAUUAAAUAGUAUUUAGUUUUCAUUCAUUUUUAAUUAAUAUUGUAACACUUGCUUGGCGGCGAAAAAUUAGACACGGAAGUCGUAUUUUUCUCCCUCUUUUUACUCUGCUUACCGCCAACAACAACUCCACCCCCAGAGAAAAAGAGGCAACUAUAUAGACCCCAAUCACCAACGUCACACAAUUAUCUUAAUUGUGGUUGUCAGCCCAAAAUCUUCUAAAUAUAUAUUAAAUGCAUCUUACCAGAUAUAAAAUGACUACUACAUAGUCUGUGGUGAUCGUUUGGUGCCCAGAUUUCUUGUCGAAUUACAGCAGUCCAUCUCGUUCUCCUCUUCGGGUCUCUCAGAAUACGGUAGAACUUCAAGUCUCUCCGUCUAUCUUCUCUGUUACUGCAACCAACCGCCACACACGCCUUCACCAUUUUGAUUAUCAAUGUUAACGAGCAGAAAAACACGCCGUAAUAGGAAGCAUGUACGUAGCGGUAAUGUGUAAACAUGACGAGCUGACGGACAAUAUGGCGGCUCCAGUCAGGGGGGCGGAGUUGUGACGUCAUGUGAUUGGGGUCUAUACACAGGCGGCAAUCUAGUCCACCAAUUGGAUGAUGCGCUGGCACACCGGGUGCACCAAUAAGGAACCUCGCGUUGAUGUGUCAAUCACGGUGCCGCUGCCAGACCCCGGUGACGCUACAAUAUUCUGACUGAAUAGCCAACGAUGUCAUACAAUAGCUAAUUAAUAUGCUCACUCGCCACCCUGUGGUCUGGGGUGUGAAUUGCAACCUGUCAAAAUGACGGACGGACUUCAGUUUUUUCCGUAACUGUUUUAAAAAACCGGUCAACGACGAUAAAUAUUCGGUUAACGCGACCCCUGCACCGUAUACAGUGCUUCACAAAAAAUACAAUACUGCAUUUUUUGGUGAUGAAUUUAAGUUUUUAACUUUAUAGUUUUCCUACAUUGCAAAAUCAUUCGUGUAAAUUUAACUCCGAGUUAAAAUCCUCACUUUUUUCAAGUUUAUAUAAUCCUCACGGAUUCUCACAGAGUUAUAGUUACACUUUGGGAAGUGUUAAGAUUUUAACACUAGCAAUGCUAAAUAUCUUUCUGUCAGCAUUGUUUGGGCACAUGAAUAUGUACUUUCAAUACUAAAUUGUAGUACUCCUUUAACUAUAAGUGUUAUUUUUUAACAUUAAUGGUGUUGUUUUAUGACACUUGACAGUGUAUUUUCAAGGGUUUAUCACCAUAAUUGUCACGGUGUGCUAGAAGGUGGACCCCAAAGCACUAAUGCAAAGUUCGCGGGUGCAGGAUUUUAGCACAAUGUCUAUUGAAAACGACUCUGGGUGUCAUGAGAAAUGAGCAGGCUUGCAGCCUUCUUGGAGGUGAGGUCGUGGUAUUACGGUGGUGAAGGAACAGACCAACCAAGGGAAGAAACAAGUCUUUUAGGGAGACCGCAAAGCCGAAAAUAUUGAUCUGGCGUUGUGGUGGGGUGGCUUAAGUAGACCAGGGAUGCUGGCGUGCACCUGUCGUUGCUCCACCUGUUUGUUGCCAAAAGUGUAAUCAUUGAUAACGACAUACACGCAUACAGACUGCAAAGUUAUAGAAAAUAGUUAUGAAUGCUUUCAUGCUGAAAAUCUGUUUUAAACAUCUGCAAGCACAGAUGGUAAGGUCUUGACCCACAAGACUUAACAGUGAUUGGGUAUAAUAAUCAUUCCGCCAAUUUAAUUUUUUCUGGACAAAUAAUGGGAAUUAGGCCCAAUUCAAACGGUCAAAUAUUCCAAAAUUGUCAUUAUCCUUUCUUCUGUCACAGCAAUGAAUGAAAUACGCACACUUAAAAUGCCUAUGGCCCAUUAACUCUGCCAGGAGCACAUUUAACUUGUAUAAUUGACACCACCCCAAGAUUGGGACAUGCAUCAUGUUAUAACGUGAACUUUAUCGUGUAAUAAUUAUGUGUGGUGACAGGAGACAUUUCGUAGCUUUUUUUUAUACAUGUGGAAAAAACUUGAAUUCCUUUGGAUCAAACCACUGUUUUGUUUGUGGGAAAAUGUUAAUUUAUUCAAAAUCCAUUUGAGCUGGCAAUGAAUGAUCAUCCUUUUGUACCAUGACUGCGAUAGAUGUCGAAUCCAUUUGAACUGGGAGAGGUGCUGCCAGCCCUCCUAAGGCCAUGUCAACACCUAGCAGCCGAGGAUCCCGCCCUAAUACGUCGGGAAAAAAUAAUUACGUCCACAUGUUUGUAGGAAAAAAGAACUUCCACAGCCAACCAAAAAUAAUUGUCCAUCAUACCCCCAUCUUUUGCAUGUGUUCUUCAAUAUGAAGCACUGCAAGAGUUUGUAAAUAAAUAGAAGCAAAAAAAAAAAAAAUCACCUAAUUUACUCCAAAUGUAAACAAUGGUCUCAUGUGUGACGUAGGGACAAAGUUUGUCGCAGUCAGUGACGUUUCCACACUUAAAUCUUUUGUUAUAAGUGUCCAGAUUAUGGCGCCACAAACGCAGAAUUCACACAUCUUCACUCUGGGCGUAGUUUUCAAGAACCUUCAUUUAAAUGUGCGUGUGGAUGAUGGAUCCAAAACUAUAGAAAAAGUUCUUUUUGCCAAAUACCCUGCUACGUGUAGACAUGGCCUAAGUCCAUGAAUUAAGAGCCAGUGUGUUUGUUGUCGUUCGUGAUUUAUCAAAUGCUUGUGUCCAA